AUGGCAAAGCACAUGACCCUUUCUUUCCUCCUGGUUCUCACUAUGGCAAGCUCAUCCUUUGCCCGUCGAAAGCUUUUACUGUUUCUGAUCGAUGGCUUUCGUUAUGAUUACAUCAAUGACAAUGAGCUGGAGUCCCUGCCUGGCUUUAAAGAGAUUGUGGACAGGGGAGUGAAAGUGGAUUACAUGAUCCCAGACUUUCCCAGCCUUUCCUAUCCAAAUUAUUACACGCUGAUGACUGGUCGCCACUGUGAAGUCCAUCAGAUGACUGGAAACUACAUGUGGGACCCAAGUACAAAUACAUCUUUUGACAUUGGUGUGAAUAAAGAGAGCCUGUUACCUCUUUGGUGGAAUGGAUCGGAGCCUUUGUGGGUCACCAUGAUGAAAGCAAAGAAGAAAGUUAAUAUGUAUUACUGGCCUGGCUGCGAGGUUGAAAUCCUUGGUGUCAGACCUAGUUUUUGUCGACCAUAUUUCAGUGUCCCAACAGACUCCAAUUUCUCUGAUGCUGUCAGUGAUGCUCUGGAGUCAUUGAGAAAUGGCAGUGCAGAAAUGGCAGCAGUGUACUACGAACGCAUCGAUGUGGAAGGCCACCAUUUUGGUCCUUCAUCUGUUCAGAGGAAGAAUGCUUUGAAGGCAGUGGACAAAGUAUUGAACAACAUGACCAAACUAAUCAAGGACAAGGGCCUUCAGAAUGACCUGAAUGUCAUUUUGUUCUCGGAUCAUGGGAUGACUGACAUUUCCUGGUUGGACAAAGUGAUUGAGUUGAAGAACUAUAUCAAUAUGACUGAUAUUAUCCAAGUAAAGGACCGAGGCCCUGUUGUGAGCCUGUGGCCAACUAAGGAGAAGCAGACUGAGGUGCAUAAUAAACUGAAAGCUGUGCAACACAUGAAUGUUUAUAGCAUAGAGGAAAUUCCAGAUAGAUUCUAUUACAAAAAAGGGAAAUUUGUGUCUCCUUUAACUCUUGUGGCUGAGGAAGGAUGGUUCAUAGCAGAGAGUAAAGAGAAACUUCCAUUUUGGGAGAAUGGCACAGGGAAAAAGGAGGCCUGGCAGAAUGGGUGGCAUGGAUAUGACAAUGAGCUCAUGAACAUGAGGGGAUUCUUCCUCGCAUACGGGCCAGAUUUCAAAUCUAACUUCAGGGCGCCUCCAAUCAGAUCGGUCGAUGUUUACAACAUCAUGUGCAAUAUUGCAGGAAUACAGCCACUAUCAAACAAUGGAUCCUGGUCCAGAGUGGAGUGUAUGUUAAAAAAUAAUGCCAGUUUGGCACAGUUAUUCCAGUGGAGCAGCUGUGUGCUGGCAUUAAUUCUACUUUUAUUGUUUUCAUAA